AUGCCCAUCACUCGCCGAUCGACCCGGUCGUCCACCGGCGCCGGCAAGCAAUCGACCCUCAGCUUCAAGCACAAGGUCACCAAGGCGAUCCAGACCGGCAAAGAAGCGUACGAGUCGCCAUCGCGCGCAAAGGAAUACAUCCCCGAGCCGUCGCCCGAGCCCGCCGCCAGCAAACGGGAGCCGAAGAAGGAAGAGAAGGAGGAGGAGACACCGGCCCCCAGCGAUGACGAGCAGCUGCAGAAGGCUCAGCCGGCGGCGGUAGCGGCGGCGUCGGGAGCAUCAGAGGCGGAGAUCGAAGCGGCCAAGAUCACCGACCGAGCGAUCGAGCGGUACUGGAACGGAAUCGAGAACAGCCGGAAGGCGAAAGCGGUGCACAGAAAGCACACGGAGGGUCUGACGACCGGGGAGAAGGUGCUGCGGUACUUUGAUGUCAGUUCACAAUACGGGCCCUGUGUCGGUAUUACUCGCCUUAAGCGGUGGCAGCGUGCGCAGAGGCUGGGGCUGAACCCGCCUAUCGAGGUGCUCGCCGUGCUCCUGAAAGAAGAGGCCAAGGGAAAUACGGCGAUUGAGAAGGCACAUAUGGAUGAACUGCUGAACUCGGCUGCCGUUGGGUCGGUUGGGGUCUAA